AUCUUCUUCUUCCACCUGUCAUCUCUGCCCUUUACCCUUCAUCUCACACACUUACCAAGAAAACACCUUUAACUCUCCCUCUCUGUUUUAUUUCAGCUUCCUCUUGCCCCUUCUUUUUUGCUUCAAAACUUUUCUUCUUCUUCUUCUUCUUCUUCUUCUUUUUUGGUUUUGUCUUGGGGUUUCAGCUUCUGGGUUCUUGUUUCUUUUCUCACUUUUUAUGAGAAAAUGGAAACUAAAGAGGACAAGCCUGUGUCUGAGGAGCCUCAUGAGGCUGCUGCUGCUUCAACCCAAAAUGUAACUGUUAGUCCAGGUCGCAAGCUUGAAGAUUCAAUGGGAAUAAUUGAAGAAAACUCUCAUUCUCAAAAUUGGAAGCGAAGAAAUCUCUUCUUAGAAAUACCAUCAAGAUCACUAGAAGACUCCUCACAGGAAUCUGUCAUAAUUAAGAUGCCCCCAACACCUGGUUCCACUCCAACUCCCAGGAGAGUAAAUUUCAACUUGAAUCCUGCAGAUGCAAGAACUAGUGGUUCCCCUGGCCCUUCCUUAUCCAGAGCCAAAUCUUCCUUAAAAGGUCUCUUACCAAAACUAAGUUUCAAGUAUCGAAGUUCUAACUCAGAUAUCGAAAAGGCUGCCAACCUAGUUCCAGAAACUUCCAAUACGGCGCCACGAGAGAAGCCUUCCAUCUCAAGGUCAUUGUCACUAACAAAGAUAUUUACUCCCAGGAUGAAGAGAACGUCGUCAUUGCCUGUAACAUCAAUCAUGCAUACAAACCUGGAACCCACAUGCAGUGGAAAUGUUGUUGAUUCUCUAAAUUCAAAUUCUUUUUGGCAGAGAAAAGGAACCCAGAAGCAAAUAUAUCGUUCGCUUUCAGUUCCUGUCAAUAACAAAGAAGGGAGCAUAAGGAGAAUGGAUUCAUUUUUCCGAGUAAUUCCUGCAACUCCUCGAGUAAAGGAACGAGAGGUAGUGUCAGAUACAUCUCAGAUAGUAGAAGCGGAAAAUAGUAGUGAUGCUGAUGGUGAAGACAUACCCGAAGAAGAAGCUGUUUGUAGAAUUUGUAUGGUUGAACUGUGUGAAGGGGGUGAAACCCUCAAGAUGGAAUGCAGCUGCAAAGGGGAACUUGCUCUGGCACACAAAGAAUGUGCCAUAAAAUGGUUUACCAUUAAAGGUAACAAGACAUGUGAUGUGUGCAAGCAAGAGGUUCAGAAUCUACCUGUCACUCUCUUACGAAUUCAAAGCAUGCGAACUCGAAAUGGUGGAGCAGACAGGGGCCAGCUGGCAGAUCUCAAUGGAUACAGGGUUUGGCAGGAAGUUCCUGUGCUCGUUAUUGUCAGCAUGCUUGCCUAUUUUUGUUUUCUUGAGCAGCUUCUGGUUGCCAAAAUGGGUACUGGUGCCAUUGCAAUAUCCCUUCCAUUCUCUUGUGUAUUGGGUCUCCUCUCAUCCAUGACCUCAUCAACCAUGGUGAAGAGAAGAUUUGUCUGGGUCUACGCAUCAAUUCAAUUCGCUCUGGUUGUUCUAUUUGCUCACAUAUUUUAUUCUUUGGUUCAGGUGCAAGCAGUUCUGUCAGUUCUCCUUGCAACAUUUGCCGGGUUUGGAGUAGCCAUGAGUGGGAGUUCUAUUAUUGUUGAGUUCUUGAGAUGGAGAAGAAGCUGGGAAGCUCAGUCACAUCAUAAUUCCCAAGUGAUGGGUAGACCAGGCCAAUUCCCAUAUUCACCACGGACGGUUUCUCGUGACCGCCGCCAGCCUGACAUAGAAAAUCCGGGAACUUUCACUGGGAGUUAAAUCAUUAAUUAUUUAGUAUAGCUAAUCAGAAAAGGGUCUGCCUUAAAUUAUGUUGUGUCUAAGAUAAGAAUUUUUGUGUUGUAAUAUAAUGCCAUAUAUAGAGUCUUGCAAUUUUCUCUUUUGCCUCAUGAUAGAAGCAUCCAUACUUAACCAAAAUGCCUUCCCUACCAACUGAUUCUUGUGUCAAGAUUUUAAUCCAGGAAUUGUG